UACCAGGGCCAGUUCACCAACGGCAUGCGGCACGGCUACGGCGUGCGGCAGAGUGUGCCCUACGGCAUGGCCUCCGUGGUCCGCUCCCCACUGCGCACCUCCCUCUCCUCCCUGCGGAGCGAGCACAGCAAUGGCACCCUGCCGCAGCAGGACUCCCCCGCCGCCAACCCCGAGAGCCUGCCUCUCUCGCCCACCAUCACCCGUGGGGGCUUCGCCCUCAGUCUCUACGCAGAGGCGGAGGCCGGGAAGCCCAAGAAGGGGGGGCUCUUCCGCAGGGGCUCUUUGCUGGGGAAGCUGAAGAAGUCCGAGUCCAAGUCAUCCCUGGCCAGCCAGAAGAGCCGCGUCAGCUUCCUCAAGAGCGAGAGCGGGAUCAGUUCGGCCGCCAGUGAUGCCACCUCCACUGUCAGCCUGGGCGAGGGUGCCGAGGGUGAAGAGUUCCCCCCGUUUGAGUCUGACAUCGAUGCCACCACCACGGAGACCUACAUGGGUGAGUGGAAGAACGACAAGCGCGCUGGCUUUGGCAUCAGUGAGCGCUCCAGCGGGCUGAAGUAUGAGGGUGAGUGGCUGGACAAUUUUUUUACCACGCUGCCCGACGGCAAGAAGGAGGAGGGCAAGUACCGCCACAAUGUCCUUGUCAAGGGCAUGAAGAAGCGCGUGAUACCCCUCAAGAGUGCCAAGAUCCGGCAGAAGGUGGACAGGAGUGUGGAGGGAGCUCAGAGGGCUGCAGCCAUUGCCCGGCAGAAGUCGGAGAUCGCAGCAUCCAGGACAGCUCACGCCAAAGCCAAGGCUGAAGGGUCUGAGCAGGCUGCUCAGGCAGCUAACAAUGAAUCGGGCAUAGCCAGGAUGAUGGCCAGGGAGCUCUCCCCGGACUUCUACCAGCCAGGCCCUGAGUACCAGAAGCGGAAGCUGUUGCAGGAGAUCAUGGAGGAUGCAGAGCACACCGUCAACAUGGAGGAGGAGGCACCACGGCCUGAGGGUGCCCCGCCACCCCCCACACCCCCUGAGAGCCCCCAGCUCCAUGAGCAGGACAAGGCGAGUGGCCGGGCGAGCGGUGGGAGCCCUGCACCCCCUGAGAGUGAGGGCCGGCCGGCCUCACGGGGCCAGGGACGUCCUGCUGACCAGAUGGAGAUUGGGCCACUGCAGAGGAUGGCACGUGAACCCGAUGUCGAGCUCUUCAAGGGCUACCACAGCUAUGCCGUCCGGACCUCCCCGGUUACCCCUACCACAGACAAUGAGGAGGAGCCGCUCCCCGAGCCGGAGCUGCCCUCCCCUGAGCUCCGGGGGGACCUUCAGCACCGAGGGGGCACCCCUGCCGCACCACAGGAGCAGGAGGAGAAGCCAGUGGCUAGGGCAGAGGCCAAGCCGGAGCCACCCCGACCCAAGGAGCCAAAGCAGCGCCACAGCCCUGAGCACAAGGCCGCUGGCAGGGCUGAGCCUGCUGCUGACAAGAAGACUGAGGCCAGGGCACCAGGGCGGACAGAGCCCAAAGGAGUGGCCAAGCGAAGUCCAGUGACGGUGGCAGCAGCGCAGGAAGUGGAGGAGUGCGAAGAGGGACCUAACACGAUUGUGAUCUGCAUGGUCAUCUUAUUGAACAUUGGUCUGGCCAUCCUAUUUGUACAUUUUUUGACAUGA